AUGGUGACGUCACAGAUCUGGGCAUCUGGGUUUGAGGAGGAGGCGCACAGCGACGAUCUAAUCCUUGAGGACCACACGAGUUGGGGACCUGCAACAGAUGCCAAGAUCCUGAUCUUCAACCCCCAACAAAAGAGCGUGGAGCGGAGAGUGAGGAUCCAGGACCAGUCGGAUCUGGACUUUGAGCAGUACGUGGCCCACGGUGAAAUCCUGAGACAGCCAAAGAAAAAGAAGAAAUGUUGUUCAGUGUCAUGA